UCCAAAACACCAAACUAAUACGUUCAACAGAGAGAAAACCAAAAUGGAAUAGUAGGUACGAAUUCUUUCCUGUCAAACCGCACAGAUAGAUACCUCCUUCAGCCUACCUCAUCGCCAAGUGUCAUAUCAUCUCAGAUAAGGAUUAGACUUCCAGGGACCCAUCAAUCCUCCUCGCCAAACCAUCUUGCACGGUGUUUUACUCUGCGCUGGUUCACAAUAAUAAUAAAAGCGAGAUUUGAUAUCACAUUUGAGGACUACCCUGUUGACAUUAGCUGCUGUCUGGUGCUAUAACAAGGUUCAAGUGUCUUUGGGUUUCCACGUCGACAAUACAGCGAAGAAGGAAAAGAAACAUUGUUGUUUUACUAACCAUCUAUAUUUGUGCGCGGAGUCAUAUUCACUCACUCAUACCAUUAUACUACGACUCCUACGACUUUGCUACGGCUUUUUAGGAAUACGAAUAUUGGUUCAUAUUGCAGAUCGAAAUAAAUUCGUUUUAGGAAAUCGAAUAGGAGAGAAUAUAUUACAUACGGCUGUAGGAAAUCAUACCACAUCAAACGGAAGGAAAACAUAAAAUCACACCGCAUACGAUUCUGAAUCACAAAAUUCCCUAAACACGAUAGGAAGACCGAGAAAUUAAACUUCGAUACCUGUCAAAAUGCCUCCUUCACCACAAACUCCUAGGCAUAGCCGACACCCUUCCGCACUGGAUUUCUCACCCUCAACAAUGAGCCUUUCACGUAGACUUUCCAAAUCUUCCAUACAUACACCGACUACACCAAAUCAUAUGAGUCGAGACUUUAGUAGUAGUGUUGAUGGAGUUGGUAUGGAUGUACUUGGAUCAGCGCAAAACGGAGGAAAUGGACUUGGAAAUCUAGCAGAUGAAUUAGCAGAUGCAUGGAGCGAAGAUGAAGGAGAAAUGGACGAAGCAGAUCUUCAUUUUCAAAGCACUGCACCAGCGGAAUCGGAUAAUGAGGAUGCGGAAGAAGACAAGAACGCAGUGAGGGAUAGUGGUGUAGAUGUUACCAGUCCCAAAAAACAACAUACAGCUAUGAAUUCAAAUUCGACUUUAACACCGCCGACAGCCGGGCAUGGGAGAGUUCAUGCGUUAGGCCAUGCGAGGUCGCCUUCUGAGUACGAUGGAAGUGAUUAUGGGGGAGAUUCGGAUUUGGAGAGUCCGGCCUUUGGACCGGCUUUAUUGGCGAGAAUGGAUAUGGUGGAGGGGUUGGCAAGGAGGGGUACGGAAAAUAACGGGAGUCAAGCUGAUGGGGUUGUUAAGAGGGUCAUUGAGAGUUUGAAAGAUUUAGGAGGUCAAUCUGGGGUGGAGGGAAAUACUACUAGACUAGUUACAACUCAUACAGCGCUUUCUACGCAUCUCCUCCAUCAAACCCGUCUCAUCCAGAACCUUUCUCACCCCCUCUUCUCUCCUCUGUCCGCGCCGCCUACUCCGGAAUUUAUAGACGCACUCCUCCCUCUUCUCGACACCCUUAGCGAAUCUAUCCCUCGCCCUUCAACACAAUCCCUCUCAUCGAUUACCUCCUUACAUUCUCUGACCACCGAUUUAAUUCAAACAAUAACAUACUUGUCGGAUACAUUACAUAUGUCUAGACAAACUACAGUACAGGCAUCGAGGAAAUUGAAAUCAGCAAAAGAAUUGGUCGGCGAAAUGAGAAGGGAAGAGGAGCUCAGAGAAGAAGGAGAGAAGUGGGUAGAACAAGGAGAUUGGGAGAGAAGGCUGGGGGAAAGAGAAUGCGCCGGGGUAUGUAGAGGGGUAGUCGGGGGAUUUGAACAGGUUUGUGAAGACUGGAGAAGGAGAUUAGUAGAGAGUGCUGGUGGUGAGGUGGGUGCUUGAGAUGGUAGUAUGGAAGAGGGCAUGACAUGGAAUGACAUACAGAUGUUGAGGAGAAAAUACACCCGCGCCGAAUAAAUACUAAGGUUCAAGGCAAGAGCACACAAAGUGCGAGAUGUGGAUCAACAUAGAAAGACGAGAAGUUAUCUAAAUACCAGACCGAAUAGGGGAAUGGGUUCAGGUCAGGCGCUUGGAUGGAUAUCCGGAUAGAUAGUUGGUUGACUGGUUAGUUGGCUGGCUGGCUCACCACUUGGAUGGAUGGAUUCAUGGAUGGAUAAUAUAGAAGGCGUGAAGAUAAAUAGACAGAUGAGCCUUUCUCCUCGUCAAAUAAAAAUAUAAAUACAAAUUAAAUUUAU